AUGUGGAAAAGGGAAUGUGCCAGAUCAUUCCCUGUGUUCAGAUUUGACAUUGGCUACUUUGUCUACUGGUGGCAAGGACAGCUGGUCACUGCAAACCGGGCAAGCAAUAUGUCUCUUCCAUCUGUCCCACCUUCGCCAACAACAGCUGAGCCUUUCAAAAUUAGUGUGGGCUUGGGUGUGGCAGCAGUGGUGAUGGCGAUCCGGGUGCAGCAUAUGUUGCAGCUUUCAGCAUUACAUAUGCAGAAGGCCAAUAUUGACGAUGAACUCUUGUGUGGAGAGAAAGAGUUUUGUGAACUUCGACAGGAAAUGACUGCAGUCAACCUGCAGGUGAAGAAGGAAGCAGUGCUUCAGAGAGACCGCCUUAGUACAAUGAAGAAGCAGAUCGGGAAACUGAUUGGGUCAAGGUGA